AUGGCUGACACUGGAAGUCUCCUUGUGUAUCCCAAGGAGCACAGGGAACAGUCUUCAGGUCGCCGCCACCGUCGCUCCCGCACCUCCAGAGCUGAGCUAAUCUUUGCCGUGAGCCUGGUGGAACAGCGUCUGAGGGAGGUUAGCCGUGCCCAGAGGCUCAGUGAUACGGUGCCCAUCUUCCUGGCAGCAAUCCUGGAGUUCCUCACCCGCAGGUUGCUGGAGCUUGCGGGCAAUGAGGCCCAACACAGAGGUACCCAGAGGCGCAUCACUCCUGAACUGCUGGACUUGGUGGUCUACAGCAAUAUGGAGCUAAGUGAUGUGUUCCAAUUCAUCACCAUCUCCCAGGUGGAUCCAGCUCAUCGUUAGCUACCAGCUUCUGCUGCUUCUUGGCUCUGCUUGGCUGACCUGCUCAU